UAAUAAAUUUCUUUACAUUGGAAUUCUAUAUAAACCCAGCUAAGCUUGAGCUAUACUCAACAUACACACAUACUCUCUCUCUUAUACUUCCCAAGUUUCCUGAGGAUUUUUUUUUCCAGCAGCCAAACAAACAAUAAUGGGAGAUACACCAAGUGAAAAACAGAUUGUCGAGUUCAAAGAAGCCUUCUGUCUCUUUGACAAAGAUGGGGACGGUUGCAUUAGUGUGGAAGAAUUGGCAACGGUGAUUAGAUCCCUGGAUCAAAAUCCCACGGAGGAAGAGCUCCAGGAAAUGAUAAGUGAAAUUGAUGCUGAUGGAAAUGGAACUAUUGAGUUUCCAGAGUUCUUGAACUUGAUGGCCAAGAAGAUGAAGGAAACCGAUGCAGAAGAGGAGCUUAAAGAAGCUUUCAAGGUUUUUGACAAGGAUCAAAAUGGGUAUAUCUCAGCUACUGAGCUGAGGCAUGUCAUGAUCAAUCUGGGUGAGAAAUUAACUGAUGAAGAGGUCGAGCAGAUGAUCAAAGAAGCUGAUUUGGACGGUGAUGGUCAGGUUAACUAUGAAGAAUUUGUCAAAAUGAUGACUGCCGCUGGAUGAAAAACAACUGAAUUAUAUUAGUAUUAAUUUUGUAUUCAAAUUCGCUUUGCUUUGUUUCUAUCCGCUGGAAGUAAUUUUUCUUAUUUGUUGUAUUGUUAUUGGUAAUGGUUGUAGCCAAUGUGAAUUAGAAUGACUUGACUAUUUACUAGCACCCAUUUUGUUCUUCUAUUACUUCUAGUUUAAAUUUUCAGUUGUUUUCAGUGACUGGCAAAUGAGACACUUCCACCUUUGUUCCCAAUACAUUUUUAUCAGAUUCUUUUCCAUUGAAGGAUUUUUUUUUUCAAAGAGAGAACUGGAUGAUGGUAUCUCAUUGAUAACAAUAUACAAGUAGUUUUCGACUUCGUCUUCUAUUUCUAAAAAUUGAUGAAUCUGAAU